GGAAUGACAACCAUCUGAUAAACAACCAUAACCAAAUAAAAUUUCCAAAAUUCUAGUCUAACAGUGUUCAAAUAAACCGUUAUGUCCAAAUGGGAAAUAAAGCCCAUAACUCAGCCAUUAGACGUCGGUACCAGAAUCCACUGGGACAAAUGCAACCAAAGCGCCAUAUUUGUUGACGUGCCUAACGGCACCGUUCAUUCCUUCAAACUCUCCUCUUGCAAAGUGACCACUGCAAAAGUUGGAGACGAUCCAAUAGCCUUCAUGUUCCCUGUGGAAGGAUCGGGAACGAAAUUCGUAGCUGGAUUGGGAAAAAAGUUUGUGUUUGUCGAGUGGGAUAGCGUAAGCCCGCAGGUAGCCAGUGUGGAUACCAUCGUGGAAGUUGAAACGGAACCGGAGUAUGAAGGUAAUCGAUUGAAUGGCGGGAAAGUGGAUCCGUGGGGAAGGCUCUGGGCAGGUACAAUGGGACCCCCAGGUCCAGAUGGCAACAUUAUGCCUCGCAGAGGAGCUCUCUACUGCUUAGCAAAUGGUCAGCUGCAGAAACACGAAUGCAAUAUAGGCAUUUCCAAUGGCCUAGCUUGGAAUACGGAAUUGAAGAAAAUGUAUUACAUUGACACUCUGGAACCGUGCGUUUUCCAAUAUGACAUUGCUGACGACGCAAGGAUCAGCAACAAGACUGUCGUGUUUGAUUUUAAGAAAAACCAUAUUGAAGGAUUGCCAGAUGGGUUGACCAUCGACGUCGAAGGAUGCUUGUGGGUGUGCGCAAUCCAUGGCUACCAUUUGAUACGGUUUGACCCAAAGUGCGGCCAUAUCCUGGACAAAAUCGAAUUGCCAACGCCUCAGAUCACGGCUGUGUCUUUUGGAGGUCCAAAUCUGGACUUGAUGUUCGUGACAACCGCGAGGAUCCCUAUUAAUGGGACUCCCCCACCUGAUCCUGCAGGAACCACGUAUCUCCUGUCCUGCCCUGAUGCUGUACGUGGGUAUCCAGGAGACAGCUACAAAUUGUGAUCAAGUUGUAUAGGGCGUGAGAUGAUAAAACAAUGUUGGUAUGACUUAGCAUCAUUUGUAGAUUCUGUCGCAAUUAGUUAAAAGGGCAUAAGUUAAUUUUUACGACUUAAUUACCAUGGUGACUAGACCGAUUUGAUCCUAGCAUGAUUUUUUUAUUUUACCGGCAUUUUCUUCAUCUACAUAUACAAUUUUACUGAAUUGUUCUUGGACACACUCUCAGCCAAUAUGUAAAAUGUUAUUCGUCGAAAAAUUUACUGUCGCCCUUUUAACUAUUUGCCGCAGAUUUAUUACUUCACGCAAUAAAGUGGGAUAGUACUACUAGAAUA